AUAUCUUCAAGUCGGUCGCACCAAUGCCGAGCAUUGGAAGCGUCGCCUUGGACGACACAUGAUAUCCAGUACCAUCUUCAUCUGCUUACCGCCUCGCCUCACCUUUCUCCGAAACGCGAUAAUCAUCCGCUGGCGCUGUUGGCAGGUGCAUCAUGGCCAUUACUCCGGGAUAGACACAGUCAUGGAGAUUUUCACAUGAUCAUGAGGAGACUUUGAACGGGUGUUGAGUUGUCUUACCCAAACAGACGGCAAAUUCCUUGGCCUCACCGUUGUUGAGAUGACAAGACAGAUUGGAGCGGGCUAUGCCACCGUCUGAUGUUCUACCUCUCGCUCAUCACUAGCACGGGCACUGCGCAGCCGCUCUUGGCGGUGCUUCACCACCAAUGUGUUUGCUACCACAAAAUUACUUCGGAAUGGGACCAGACGUUCCAGGAGGUUGUACUCGCCAAAAAUCCUCAUGUCUUGAGCGCGCUUCGUCACAGCGCCUUGAGCAAAUUAUACCGAGCGGCGCAACUGCUACUGGUACUGACCUGUAGGAGACUUUGACGCGACAAAAGCUUCUACCCCCGGGAUAUUGUCAACACGUAAGCUCGCUUGCUCAAUAAGCCGAAAUAAGGCUGUAAAGAUCGUCAGAAUUCCCUUGGCAAUUGCGAGCAAAGCGUGCGUCGAGCAACUCAAUUUCAGCACUGGCGCAG